CGACGCCCGCUCCCUGCAGCCUGUGCUGCAGCCGCUGUCCACCGGAGGGGGGCGAAUCCACGUCAACCUGUUGUUUGUCUAACUCCUAUUGAUCAAGUCAGCGCUACAAGGAAGUGCGGCACACACAAGCGCUUGGAAAGUUUGGCUUGCAGGAAGUUUUGGGAGAGCUGCGCCAGUAACUGGGCGGCCCAGAAAGCGCAGGCAGUGAAGGCGCAGGGCUGUGCAGUAGAAAUCUGCCGACUCAACCCUGUGGGCUUUUUUUAUUUACUUUUGGAGCGACGCUGUCCCUAGGUCGCUGAGCCCAAAUGCAACGGCUUGUCUUAGUCUCCAUUCUCCUGUGCGCGAACUUUAGCUGCUAUCGGGACACGUUUGCGACUCCGCAGAGCGCAUCCAUCAAAGCUUUGCGCAAUGCCCACCUCAGGAGAGAUGAGAGCAAUCACCUCACAGACUUGUACCGGAGAGAGGAGAACAUUCAGGUGACAAGCAAUGGCCAUGUGCAGAGUCCUCGAUUCCCAAACAGCUACCCACGGAACCUGCUUCUGACAUGGCGGCUCCAUUCCCAGGAGAAAACACGGAUACAACUGUCCUUUGACCAUCAAUUCGGACUAGAGGAAGCAGAAAAUGACAUUUGUAGGUAUGACUUUGUGGAAGUUGAAGAUGUCUCCGAAAGCAGCACUGUAGUCAGAGGAAGAUGGUGUGGCCACAAGGAGAUCCCUCCAAGGAUAACUUCAAGAACAAACCAGAUUAAAAUCACGUUUAAGUCUGAUGACUACUUUGUGGCAAAACCUGGGUUCAAGAUUUAUUAUUCAUUUGUGGAAGAUUUCCAACCUGAAGCAGCCUCAGAGACCAACUGGGAAUCAGUCACAAGCUCUUUUUCUGGGGUGUCCUAUCACUCUCCAUCAAUAACGGACCCCACUCUCACUGCUGAUGCCCUGGACAAAACUAUCGCAGAGUUCGAUACUGUGGAAGAUCUACUUAAGCACUUCAAUCCAGUGUCUUGGCAAGAUGAUCUGGAGAAUUUGUAUCUGGACACCCCUCAUUAUAGAGGCAGGUCAUACCAUGACCGGAAGUCCAAAGUGGACCUGGACAGGCUCAAUGAUGAUGUCAAGCGCUACAGUUGCACUCCCAGGAAUCACUCUGUGAACCUCAGGGAGGAGCUGAAGCUGACCAAUGCAGUCUUCUUCCCACGAUGCCUCCUCGUGCAGCGCUGUGGUGGCAACUGUGGUUGCGGAACUGUCAACUGGAAGUCCUGCACGUGCAGCUCAGGAAAGACAGUGAAGAAGUAUCACGAGGUAUUGAAGUUUGAACCUAGCCAUUUCAAGAGAAGGGGCAAAGCUAAGAAUAUGGCUCUUGUCGAUAUCCAGCUGGAUCAUCAUGAGCGAUGUGACUGUAUCUGCAGCUCAAGACCACCUCGAUAAAACACUAUGCACAUCUGUACUUUGAUUAUCAAAGAACCCUUAGGUUAAGAAAACCCUAAGAAGCUUCUAAUCUCAGUGCAAUGAAUACAUAUGGAAAUGUCGCUUUGUUAGUGCCAUGGCAAGAAGAAGCAUAUAUCAUGAAUUUCUAUAUACAUAAACAUAGGAAUUCACUUAUCAAUAAUAUGUGAAGAUAUGUAUGUAUACCCAGAUACAUGUCUAGCUCUAUGUGUGUAAAUACAUGAUAUACUUUAUUCAGUAUAUUUACUGAAGUUCCCCAGAGGCAAAUGAUAUCACUUGAUAUUUUGCUAAAAUAAAGAAAUGUGUCAAGCAUAGAAAACAUCUUUCAAGAAAUUCAAAAGGUAAGUUUAUUCUAAAACAUUGUAUGACAAAAAUGUAUCAUAUCUUGCUCACUUAAAGAAGGCACUUGUCAAUUAAAUGAAAGAUGAGACUUUCUUAUGUGCAUACUCUAACUAUGUGAAGACAAAUACAUAGUAUCUGGCAAUAAAACCAAGUUUUGAAAUAGUUUCUUCAUGAGAUGUACUACUCAUCUACCAAUGUGGACAGUAAUUAUCUAUCUCCACAACUAUACCAAAGUAAUAUGGGAUAUUUAGCAAUCAAGUCAUUAAGUCCUCUUUCAUGUAUUUUCUCAAUGCAAGCUAAGUAAGUGAGCACCCUUCUCAGUGAAUUGCUCAGGGACUUGUGGUAAUAACUGACAAGAAAUAUUCAAUAGGCAAGCAAUAGGUUGCUGCAAAAUUUUUGAACGUUUUCAUUCUAAAGCCUGGAAAAUACAGAAGUGGAUGCUCACAGUCAUCUAUUGGAUGGAACACAGGGCCCCCAGUGGAGGA